CACCCUAAUUACAAAAGGGACUGAGGGACUCGUCGAAAGAGCAAGGUUUAAAGACGAAAGACCAGCACAGUAAUUAGAAACGCCGAAGCUCAAAACUUCCGACGGCGAAAAUGGCGACGAGACUUCACGUGGGAGGCUUAGGAGAGAGAGUAACAGAGGAAGAUCUCCGUAACACAUUCUCUCGUUUGGGUUCUCUUCAAACUGUUGAAAUUAUCCGAACCAAAGGUCGUAGCUUUGCUUACAUCAAUUUUAUUCCUUCUUCCCAUAAUUCCCUUGCCAAACUCUUCAGCAUGUAUAAUGGGUGUUUGUGGAAAGGAGGGAAACUGAAGCUGGAAAAGGCAAAAGAACAUUAUAUUGAUCAGUUGGAACGAGAAUGGGAAGAAGAUGCUGAACUCGUAAAGAGUGAAUAUACCAAUCACAGUGAUGUUGAUGAGAACAUAGCUGCUCCAUCAGAGCCCAAGAGCACCUUGGAUCUUGAAAAGUCGCAGCUCCGAAUGUUCUUUCCCAAACUGAGUAAGAUAAAAUCAUUGCCUUUCCGUGGAACCGGGAAACACAAAUACAGUUUCCAGCGUGUUGAAGUACCUCCUCUUCCACUUCAUUUCUGUGAUUGCCCGGAGCAUUGUGAUCCUGUACAAACCCCUAAAGUAAAAGGAUUUCAUGAUUCCGGCAUACUAAGUGACAAGAUCGAUGAUGAAGAGAUUAACAUGAUGAACUCAGUGUUAAAUAGGCUUUUGAAUAAGAAAACUUCUCGAAAAUCUGAAUGCAUACAGCCCCGAAGAGGAGCUCAAAUGCACGAAGAUGGUGGCGUGAAUGAUAAAGAGACUCAUGUCACGAAUUCUGUGAUGCAAAGGAAAAUCUUGGAUAGGGAGAAUGCAAAAACUGAACAGAACUUUCAGGAUUCGCCGCAGAUACCUUCCCCAACUUUUGAGUUGCAAGAUGACAAAAAUGAAAUAGAUGAAGAAACAGAUGAUGAUGACAUCAAAAUCAAUACGGUGGUGGGGGAAGAUUUGGGGUCUGACAGUUGGGAGUUAGAAACAAGCUUGGUUGAUAAGAUGGCAAGCUCAAAUGAGCAGUGGACUUUUGAUGGACCCAUCAAAAGCAAUCCUGGUACCCAGAAUGCAAUGGCAAAACCUUCCAAUAAAAAAAGAAAUUCAGUUGCCAGUGAAGGCAAUGAAAAUGAUUCUGCAUCUCCUAGUCACAGAAAGAAAGCCCGCUUGCAAGCUCAAUCAAAUGAGUCAGACGAGCAUUUGGAAUCCAAGAGUGUAACUGAAUGUGAGACCAAAAAAUCAGUUACAAACGGCUUGUGGUCUCAGAAGUCUACAUGGAAAGAAUUGGUUGGUGAUGGGAAGAGCGCUUCAUUCCACUUGUCACAUAUUACACCUGGUGGUGAGACUAACAAUGAUGAGAGACCUAUAUCUAGCGAAGAAACAUCAGCUGAUAGCAAGAAACACAUAGCGGCAUCGUCUGAUAGCAAAGAACUUGAGAGGGUCAGUGACUCUGAUUGUGAAGACGUUGACGGCGAAUCGUCCCAGUCAAAGGAGAGAGAAGGGAUUGAAGCAGCUCAGCUGGCUGAACCAAGCGCAGGUUUAGAUACAGCCUCUAGAGGCAGUUCCUGGCUGCAGAAAUCAUCUUGGACUCAGCUUGUAAGCAGUGGAAACAGUACCUUCAGCAUUUCACAAAUCCUGCCAGCAGAUCUACUUGAGAAACAACAGUUGAACAAAUCAAAUGAUUCUAGCACUCUGAAUUGCUUUUAUAGUAGUGGUGCUAUGGUAAAUGAACAGAGAACAAGAAAGAAGCCUUUUGGUGGCACUCGAGGUUCGUCUGGCUUAGUUGGUACAGAUAAGAAAAAGGAUGCCCAAGCAAGUGCUACUAGAGGUACUCAACCCAGUAAAGCACCAAAUGGUAAGGAUCACUCUGAUUCAACCAUAACACAUAGGUCUGAUACAGAUAAGAAGGUCUCGAAUACACUUCCAGAAGUUGAUAUCGGUGAGACUUGCCCUUUUAUGAGAAGUGCUGAUUCGCUGAAAGACUGGCAAACUGCGAAAGCAGCUCUUACUGGCGCGCUUAAAAAAAGAAACAACAACAAAUAGGGUUUCUAUUUGCAAUUGUCUUCUCUUUUACACUUCAUGAAUAUGGUUGUUGUUUGUAACUGUUCCCGUUGUUAUCGAUCAGCAUCUCGAGAAUUUUCAUUAGACUAGUUCGGUUACUAGUAUGGUUUCACAUUUAUGUGGCAAUAUGAGAGAGAGAGAGUAUUUAUUAUGCAGACUCUUUUGAUGUUUGUAAGUUCCUAUAACUCUGGGGAUUCAUAGAAGGCACAUGUAUUUUCUAAUUUAAUGGGGAGGGUUAACGGUUGGUUUACUGCCUACACCUUGCUACCCCAUCAUUGCACCAUAUAUUUUCAAUGGACAUCCUUAUCAAAUUUGAAAUUUCAUUUUCA